AUGUACCACCCCGGCUCAGCCUUCCAGGCCUCCUUGCCAAGAAGAACAUCGGUCCAGGUCCUCAAGAUAGAAGGAAUGGACAUGACCCAGCCGCCACACUACUCCAGCUCGGGUUACCACACGCCCUCCUCUUCCACAGCCUACGACGGCCGCCGCGACUCCAUUGCCUCAAUGCAGUCGUCCGCUUCGUGUGCUCACAGCUUCUCGAGCAACAGCUCCUCCUAUUACUCCACUCAGAUGCCUCCCACUCCCCACUCCGCCCGGGAAGGCUUCGAAGACUGGAUGGUCGUCCAGCAGAAUCCCGGCCUCCCCUUUGACCACCAGCCAGCCCACGACCCCCAUGGCCAUGAAAUGGACGACUUCCAUCCCGAAGCCUGGCCCAAUGCGAUAGGCCUGCCCCCGAAGCACAGGGCCCUCGAAGCCGAGCCUCCAAGCCGGCCCAACAGCUGGGUCGUGGUACCACCGGCCAUGAACCCUGCCCUCAGACUACAGGUGUCAGAAGGUGACGGCAUGGUCCUGCCCACGGCGCGCGAUUUCCCCUCGUUCUGCGAAUCUCAGAUGGCCCCCCAACAUCCGCGGACAUUACAGCCGCCCGUCGAGAUCUUCAGUUCGUCGGAGAUUUGGAACGCACAGCACCCUGCUGCCACCACGUCGAGCUUUGGCAUGACGAACCUGACGGCUGAAGCGUACGAGCCGGCGCCUGUGGCAACAGGCUUCAACCCGAAUUACGAGUGGCCGUCAGUGCAGCCUGAGGCGGGGUACGACCUCCCCAUGUUCCCCGAGCCGACGUCAUGCCAGCCGGAAGACACCAUCGUGGACACGGAGGACAAGUACAACGAGAUGCGCUCCGACAGCUUCGACGACAGCUUCGGCUCGUACGACGGCGGGUACAGCUCCUCGACCAGCCCGUCGUCGCGGUACGGCCACGGCGAGGAGACCCUCAUCAAGCAGGAGGGCGACGCGGACUACCACCACCAGCACCGGCGCGACUCCAAGCACAACCUGCGCGACCACUUCAUGACGCCGGUACGCAAAAACAGCAGCGGCCGGCGGGACUCGAAGGUGCGGGCGGGCGGCAUCACGAAGCGCAAGAUGCGGUCGAGCAACCUGAUGGAGUCGUUCGACGCGCACCACAACGGCUGCCAGGUCGAGGUCAAGUACCAGGCGGGCAUCCAGGUGGACCCCAAGUCGGGCCGGUACUGCUCGGCGUCGGGCGAGACCAAGAAGCAGCGGUGCCGCUUCGAGGGCUGCGUCAAGACGUUCGCCCGCCCCGAGCACCUCAAGCGCCACGAGAACACGCACAGCAAGGAGCGCCCCUUCCCGUGCGUCGUGCCCCAGUGCGGCCGCCGCUUCAGCCGCAACGACAACCGCAAGGCCCACUACGAGACGCACCUCAAGGAGGCGCUGCUCGGCAAGAAGGCCCGCAACGCUCCCGUCUCGUUCGAGGAUCUCUGCAGGUACCUGCAUCAGUCCGAGCCCGAAGAGGAGGCGCGGAAGAUGAUCGAAAAGCUGCAGAACCCCAAGUCCAAGAUCAAGUCGAGGGACUGA